UGUCAAUUGUCAGUGUCAUUUCAAUAGAACGUGGAGUAGCCGGUAUAUCUCUUUUUGUAGAAACUAUACUUAUUUUUUUGAAAAUCUAUUUUAGAGUAUAUACGAUUUACCACGCCAAGUUUAUUUAACUAAGCAACUAUAGCAUCAGUAACAUUGAGGUUAAUGUACAGAACAAGUUUGAAGAGUUAAAACAGAAACACCACGUGUGCGAUUUCGUUCUAUACUAUACUGAUCAUAUAUCAGAUUUAGUGUAUUGAAUGUGAAGAGUAUACUGAAAGUGUAUAUAUCCGCGUACGGUUGUGGUAUCCGUACGGACGCUACAGAUCACACCGUCCCAUCCACGUGCCCGCAAACAUGUCCACCAAGGCCGAAGGAGAUCUCCGCGACGGGCUCUCCGCGUCGCAAAUCUUCGCCAACAGGGAGGGCCUCACCUACAAUGACUUCCUACUGCUGCCGGGAUAUAUAGACUUCACUGCUGAGGAAGUCGACCUAACGUCUCCUCUCACCAAAAAAAUUAACCUGAAAUCGCCGCUAGUGUCCGCUCCUAUGGACACCGUCACCGAAGCCGACAUGGCGAUAGCGAUGGCUCUCUGCGGCGGCAUCGGCAUCAUCCAUCACAACUGUACCCCUGAGUACCAGGCCAAUGAAGUACACAAAGUAAAGAAAUACAAACAUGGUUUCAUUAGGGAUCCAGUAUGCAUGGGCCCCGAAAAUACUGUUGCUGACGUUCUUGAAGCCAAGAAGAAAAAUGGAUUUACUGGAUACCCCAUCACUGAAAAUGGUAAACUGGGUGGACGCCUCAUUGGUAUUGUGACAUCCAGAGACAUUGACUUCAGGGAGGGAGACCCUCAAUUAAGUCUUAAAGAAGUGAUGACACCCAUAGAUGAUAUGAUUACUGCACAGUCUGGUGUUACCUUACAGGAUGCUAACUACAUACUAGAGAAGAGCAAGAAAGGUAAAUUACCUAUUAUUAAUGGAUCUGGAGAGUUGGUUGCCCUUAUUGCAAGGACUGACUUGAAGAAAGCUCGCAGCUACCCCAAUGCUUCUAAGGAUUCCAACAAGCAGCUGUUAGUAGGUGCUGCUAUUGGAACUCGUGAGUCAGACAGAGACCGCCUCAAGUUACUAGUCAGUAAUGGAGUUGAUGUUAUUAUUCUUGAUUCAUCACAAGGAAAUUCAAUAUAUCAAAUUGAAAUGAUUAAGUUUAUCAAAACUACUUAUCCAGACAUUCAAGUUAUAGGAGGGAAUGUUGUGACAAGGAUUCAAGCUAAGAACCUGAUUGAUGCGGGUGCUGAUGCCUUGAGAGUUGGCAUGGGCAGUGGCUCCAUCUGUAUCACACAAGAAGUCAUGGCCUGUGGGUGUCCUCAAGCCACUGCAGUGUACCAAGUGGCAUCCUAUGCCCGUCAGUUUAAUGUGCCAGUCAUUGCUGAUGGAGGAAUACAGUCUGUGGGACACAUUGUCAAGUCAUUAGCUCUAGGAGCGUCCACUGUCAUGAUGGGCUCUCUUCUUGCUGGAACAUCAGAAGCCCCAGGAGAAUACUUCUUCUCUGAUGGAGUAAGGUUGAAGAAGUACAGGGGAAUGGGCAGCUUAGAAGCCAUGGAGAACAAGGAUGGAAAGGGUUCUGCUAUGAGCAGAUACUACCACAAGGAGUCUGACAAGCACAGAGUGGCUCAAGGAGUAAGUGGAAGUAUUGUUGAUAAGGGCUCAGUCCUGAGAUUCCUCCCAUACUUGCAAGCAGGUAUGCAACACAGUUGCCAAGACAUUGGGGCUCGAUCAGUUGGUAUUUUACGUGAUAUGAGCUACUCUGGAGAGCUGCGGUUUAUGAAGAGGACGUACUCUGCACAAUUGGAAGGCAAUGUGCACAGUUUAUUCUCAUAUGAAAAACGAUUAUUCUAAAUGUGCCAUAAUUUCACAGGCAUGAAAUUAAAAACCGAUAUAUGUAUAUCUGACUAUAAGAAAAAAAUCUAGUUAAUUUUUGAGGAAGUAAUCAUUUUAUAUUGUAAGUUUCUGAAUGUAAAUUAGUGUUAAAACUUAAAUAUAUAAGUAUAUGUUAUCCAUUGCAACAGAGUAUUCCAUUUAAUAUUUUAUCAUGUUUUUCUUGGUGUUUAUGAAUUAAGCAAUUUAAUGUUGCUUUGUGAUAAGAAACAAACUUUUAAUAAAUAAAGUGUGAAUUAAAA